AUGUGUAAUUAUGGCCAUGUCGGUAUUAGGGUACUGCAGGCAAGCACCAUUAUACCCAUUGCACCUACAUAUUCCAUUCUGCCAGAACCCAUGUCUUUUCUCCGGAGCUUUUCCGUCUCCUGCCGGGCCUUGGCGAAAAAGCCUCUGCCUCAGAAGCAAAAGUUUUUGGGCCGCGUCAGCAACAAUCUUUCGCUGGGCGUUGUUGGUUUGGCCAAUGUGGGCAAAAGCACGUUUUUCCAGGCCAUCACAAAGUCGACGCUUGGAAACCCGGCAAACUACCCGUACGCCACUAUAGAUCCCGAGCAGUCGCAGGUUGUGGUGGAAAGUCCCAAGUUGGACCAUCUUCAGCAGCUCUACGGGUCGGAGAAGAAAGUUCCAACUUCGCUCACCAUCUAUGAUAUUGCCGGAUUGACCCGAAAUGCUGCUAGCGGCGAAGGGCUUGGGAACAAGUUCUUGGCUGACAUUCGGCUGGUGGAUGGGAUUUUCCAUGUUGUGAGAGGGUUUCGGGACGACGAAAUCACGCAUAUUGAAACCACUGUUGAUCCUGUCAGAGAUAUGACGAUUGUCACCGACGAGUUGAUUUUGAAAGACUUGGACUUCAUUGAGACGGCGAUUGAGAAAGCAGCGAAAACGCUAAAGAAGCCCCAGGUGGACAAGGCAGCGGCCCAGUUUGAAAUCGACACCUUGAACAAGCUACUGGAUCUCUUAUACUCGGGCAAGAAAGUCGUGACGGAGGAUUGGUCUGACAGGGAGAUUGAUGUGAUCAACCCGUUGAAUUUGUUGACAGCAAAGCCCACGGUGGUGUUGCUUAACGUCAGCCCGAAAGACUAUGCCGACAACGGAAACGAGUUCAAACUGGCCGUGGAACAGUGGAUCGAGGAAAACAGUCCUGGCGACAAACUCUUGCUCUUUUCUGCUCAAUACGAGACCAUGCUCAACCAACUCCGCGAAUCCGGGUCUGCUCUGGAGUACAUGGCACAGUUUAAUAAUGCUCCAAGUGCCAUGGCUUCGAUUGUGGAUGCGAUCCGUGAAGUUCUCCGCCUUAUAUCCUUCUAUACAUGUGGGCCAAAGGAGGCGCACCAAUGGACAAUAAGAGAAGGGUCUACUGCGCCAGAAGCGGCCGGUGCUAUCCAUACAGACUUGCAAAAGACAUUUGUAUCUGCUCAAGUUUACAAGUGGGCUGAUUUGGAGCAAGAGUCGGCGCCGUUGAACGAAAGCAGCUUGAAAAGCAAGGGAAAGCAGUAUCGCCAUGGAAAAACCUAUGUUGUUGAAGAUGGAGAUGUGUUGGUGAUCAAAGCGGCGGGCGGAAAGUCCCGCUGA